GGGAAGGACGUAAAGGAAUUACUCCAUUAAACACCGGACGAAAGUAACUUUUUAUUUGCGAGAGAAAAGGAAGGGAGACAAUUUAGCUGAAGCCUCGCAUCCCCUUCACGUCGUUGGAUGCUUUGAUCAAAGAUAAAAGUUGGACUAUAUUCGAUGAAUAGGAGGAGGUCUAGUUGCGCUAAGGGGCACUUCAACUUACUUCGCUAAGUUACGCUGAGAGGAUCCCGGAUCGAGGAAGCUAGCCCGUGAGGAAUUGCGAGGUAGCUUUCGGCGAGCUGACGUCAUCUAGAACAAACAAGUAGAUUCGCGGCGGGGAGGGUAUUAUGUCCCAAGGCUAGAGGAAAGAAAGCGAAGGCGGCAGGAGCAGCAGGAGGCAGCGGCCGGAAAAGGGGAAGGUGAAGAAAGAAGAGAGCGAGCGGGGGAGAGUAGAAAGACGUCAGAGGAAGCGUCGAAGACGGAGUAGAAGGCUCGGAAGCCCGAGCCUCGGGGUUAUUACGACAGGCAAGUUAGACAGGCGAGAUAGAAUUUCGAUCGAGGUACUUCCGGGUGCCCGUGGUGGUUAAGAGCCGCUUAAUGCGAUCAGCCCUAAUUAGCAAUCAGCUAUUUCGCAAUCGCAGCUCGCUUUUUCGCUCGGCGAUCCUGCGUGAUCUAAUUAAGAUACCGUCAUCGCUGUCGUCAUUGUCGUCGGAGGGAGGGUUGGAGGUCGAUCCCGUCUCCGAUGCCAGCUCGAGAUACUUUCGGCGUGAUUCGGCAAUGAUGACGGGCGCAGCAUUCCCCGGGAACGUCUCCUCGCUCGUCAUCGACUGAUCGAUCGGAAGACUUGAUCCCAUGCAUUAAUAGGAAGAGGACGAACGAUGCUCGAUAAAGCCACAUAAGAAUCGCGCGUGCCCGUUUCUCGUCGCUUUUCUUUCGUCGAGGGAGACGGAAAGGGAAGGAGCGAAGAUGUGCGCGAGAUCGUUGCUACUGUGCGUCCUCGGCAUCAUCGCUGUCGUCAACGAAUCCGAGGCCAGCUGGGAGGAAUGGUGGACCUACGACGGCAUUUCCGGACCUUCGUUUUGGGGCCUGAUAAAUCCGCAGUGGUCCCUCUGCAGCAAGGGAAGGCGGCAGAGUCCCAUCAACAUCGAACCGGACAAGUUGCUUUUCGAUCGUCACUUGAGACCGGUGCACGUCGACAAACACAGGAUUUCCGGACACUUACAUAAUACCGGGCAAUUCCUGGUAUUUAGAGCAGACAGGGAGGCGAAGAUACGGGUCAAUAUAACGGGUGGUCCACUCGCCUAUCACUACCAGUUUGAGGAAAUAUAUAUUCACUAUGGAAUGGACGACGGUCAUGGUUCCGAGCAUCGUAUUAAUAAUUAUGCUUUUCCCGCAGAAAUACAAAUCUAUGGCUUUAACGCCGAACUGUAUCACAACAUGAGCGAGGCGCAGCAUAAAAGUCAGGGGCUGGUGGCGAUUUCGUUAAUGGUUCAGCUCGGCGAGACGUUAAAUUCCGAGCUGCAGAUCAUCACCAGCGUGUUCAACAAGGUCAUACAUCGGGGGGACACCGCGCCCGUGCGUUACCUGUCUCUGAAAACCCUUCUACCGGAGACCCCCGGUUACAUGACUUACGAGGGCAGUACAACGCACCCCGGUUGUUGGGAAACGGCGGUCUGGCUGAUCCUCAACAAACCAAUUUACAUCACGGCGCGAGAGCUGUACGCCCUAAGGAAAUUAAUGCAGGGCCCAUCCAACACGCCGAAAGCGCCUCUCGGUAACAAUUCCAGACCGCUGCAGGGUCUUCAUUAUAGAACCGUGCGAACGAAUAUCGAUUUUGCCAAGCGGGGAAACGCCAAGUGUCCGUCGAUGGCGCAGGACAUGCAUUAUAGAGAUGACUUUUUCCUUCCAGCCAACACGUGGCGGGACGACGGUUCCCUAUCACAUAACGUAGUCUGAGGCCACCCCGCGGCAGGACCACGAGAGGGGACUUUUCUCUAAAGGAGCGGAACGAAACGAGUGACGCUACACAAAGACGGGAAGAGGGGCGCGGUGGUAAAGGGCUAAUUUCUGGGGGAACGAAGAAAUUGUGUCGUGGCUGUGUGAAAAGGGAGAGAAAGAGAGAAAGAACAGUAAAUUUGAAUACGGUUGUAAGUCCACGCAAAAUGAAUACCGUAAUAACUCCCGAAAUGGACGAAGAAUUAUAAUGUAACCGCUAUGUCAUGCAGAAGUUAUAUGUAUACAAUUAUCUGCAAAUUAUAUAUCACGUAUAAUGUGCAGAUAAGUUUGCAACAUGAAUUGAAUUUCGUUUUAUUCUCCGGAGUAGCGAGGACAAAGUUGCGUGUUGCUACAGCGCUAACGUAAUUCUCGUAACACGAGUGAUCAAAGGAGCUUUAAGUGUCUUGUUGGGAUACAGAUUUUCGUUUAAUGCUGUUUGUAAGUUUACGCAUUGAAGACUAUAACAGUUAUCAAGGAUGGGCGCAGCUUAAAAUAAUACGUAUUAUUAUAAAUUACGUUGUCUAUGUGUGUACAUACACGUACGCGCGUAUAUGUAUGUAUGCAGAUGUGCACAUAUAUUAUAUAUACAUAUACAUAUAAUUUUGUAAAAUGGACAAUAGCACUUUCAGAUAACGGAUGAUUCCUAUAGCGACAAGAUAGGCGUUGUCACAUAAGGUAAGAGAACUUUUUUAAAAUGCCCAUCGUUGAUAAAAUUACGUAUGAUCAAUAUGUUUUCACACGAAAGGUCGCGAAAAUACAAUGUACGUUUGAAUGAAUUAAUCCCGCUGAUGAGCCUGUGAAUCGGUCGAGUUAUUUGACAGGUUUUUGUCAAUUACUUGGUAGCCAAUGGCGAUACGACGUGAACGAUGUAAAGCGAAAACCAUUACGAAACGGGGGGUGGGAAAAUGGGAUGGGGGAAAUGAAGCGGAAGCGCGGGAAGAAGCGGGACGAUCGUGAUGGAUCUCGGUGGAAGAUACAGAAGAAGAAAUAGCCGGUAUCUCGUUGGAGGAAGAGGAGGAGGCGAAGAGGCGGAGAGCAAUUUCGUAAUAGCUCCGGGAUAGAGAGGAGUAGGAUAAUAAAGAAGGAAUGGUUCGGAAGAGGAAGAGAUUAGGAUGAAGUCAUGUGGUAGAUCAAUCGGGCGGAAGAGAACGCUGGCUCUCCGUUAGCUUAGCCGAUGGACGAAUAAUCCGGCGCUUUUGUAUAUAAAAACACAGAAAAUGUACACGAACAGACAUUACCUAAAAUAGACGUUAAGCAGCGGAAGACUCUUAGGGAGAAAAAAAAAGCCGUGUGUAUAGAGAAUAAAGUUGUAUCAUAUGAAAAAGUGAACGUUUAACAAUUGUGGUUAAUAAGCAAACGGUAAUAAUAAAGGCGACGUUAUAUUGUACAGCAA